ACUUGAAUCAACAUUUUCAUAAGCAACCUCAAAUCAUCCAAAAUGGGUCUUCAAACUGAUAUGUACCCUUCAAAUGGCUUCAAGCAGCAGCUUAGCUACUAUGACGAUAACGACUACUAUUCAUCGGAGGAUAAUUAUUACAGCAACAAUGGCUCAAGCAUGCAAAUGAAGAAGCCUUAUGGUUAUCCCACCUCUAGUCCAACCCAAAAUCAUCACAUGAUGAUGAGCCAUGGCGGCUAUAGCCACGAUGACAAGUACCAAUAUGGGCAUAUGUCUCAUGAUUCUGCUAAUAGUUCCAGCUAUGGAUCAAGUGGUUUUCAACACACUUCCAACAUGAAUGGUGGCUAUGGAUCAAGUGGAAUGCAACACUCUUCCCACGCGAAUGCUGGCUAUGGAAGUGCGAUGUAUGGAAGUGCAAUGCAACAAUCUUCCCACAUUAACGGUGGCUAUGGAAGCGGAAUGCAGCAUGCUUCCCACAUGAGUGGUGGCUAUGGAAGCGGAAUGCAACAUACAUCCAACAUGACUGGUGGUUGCGGCAGUGGAAUGCAACACUCUUCACAGAUGAAUGGUGGUUAUGGGGGUGGGAUGCACCACUCUUCACACAUGAAUGGUGGUUAUGGGGGUGGGAUGCAUCAAUAUUCCCACACACACAUGUCCAGGGGAGUAGAGAAGGAUUCCGAUAGGAAGCCUGCUUACUAUGAACAGCAUAACAACAAUACUGAUCAUAUGUGGAACAUGAAGAGUUUGAAUGACUAAAUCCCCAAAAGUGUUUUCUCUAAGGUGGAACUAUAUAUGGGUGUUUUUAUUGAGUCUUUGGCUAUAUUACAAAGGCCUAAAACCUAAAUAAUGAAUCUAAACAACCCUGCUACUAUGUACUCUUCCAUGUAUUAGUUUCUUUUUUAAUACACAAAACUAUGAAUAAUUUGAAUUAAAUGUAUUACUGUCUUCGAUAAAGUCA